UGCCCCUUCCAGUCACAUGGCGUCAGGGAGGUUUGGGUGAAGUUAUCGAGCGCUCCUUUCCUCAGCAGCAGGAGCAGCAGCAGCUAGAUCCGGUACCUCCAACGGGUUUAUUUACGGUUCUGCCCCUCUGGAGUGGUGUCAUUAAGUUCUGGCUAAUGCCGAAUACCGGAACCUGUCUUAGUUGUCUGUCAUCGGACUCUCAGUUCGGCAGGAAGCUCGGUUCUGUUUGGUUUGUUAUGUUGUGUUAGCUGUAACAGCUAACGGACGGGUUAAUCAUUAGGAGUUCUGCCGAACCGAACUGAACCCAACCUGCUGAAUGGACUAAAUCCCUCCGGUGAUGGAGGAACCGAACCACACUAUGAGCUAACGUAUUAAAAGCGAGUCCGAAAACCAGAACGAGUACCUGCACUCCAAUGGUCACUAUGGAGCCGAACCCCCAACCGAGCCUGCAGCCGAACCUCCAGGAGAACUCUUACAAGAUGACGGAAGAGGACGUGAAGAGGCUGAUCCAGUUUCGGGCCUCCAACGAGGUUCUGUUCACUGGGAAGAGGAACUCUGCUAAAAUCGCUUGGAGCACUAUCCUGAAAGGGCUGGGUCUGGAAGGGAAGCUGACGGCCGACCAGGUCGCCAAGAAGUGGGACAACCUACGGACCAAAUAUAAGCCAAACGGGGAAUGACGUAAACCCAGCAUUAAAGGUCAAGGUCUCCCACAUCUCACCAGACAUCUGCUAUCAGUUACUGCAGCUUCUCGCCUUCAGGUCACUGUGUUCCUCUUUCAGGACCUGAAACAGCCCUACCAGGGUCAGGAGCACCUUGGGGCAGUGGUGGAGUCUUGGCCCUGGUUCCACAUUAUGGAUGAAGCGAUGCAGGGUCGCCUGUUUAACAGCAGCCUGGUUCUGUGUCCGGAAAGUCCUGUAAACGCAGGUCACCAUCCCGACUGUCAGCCUUGCCAGAACCAGGACAACACGGACAUCCUGGAGUUCCUGAUCAAGACGGAGAUGGACGAGACGGUGACAGGGGAGCCGGUGGAGGAAGACGAGCCAGUUCACACCGAGGCCCCGCCCACUGGAGGCAUUCCAAUGGGAUGGAGGAGGAUGACGGAGUGCACAUACAAAAUGACAGAGACAGAAACAGAGAGGAUGAUCAAACUCCGAGCUGCAAACGAAGCGCUGUUCACGGGCAGGAAGCACUCAGCCAAGCCAGCCUGGAGAGCUAUCCUGUAUGAGCUAGGUCUGCAGGGGAGGCUGACAACAGAACAGCUGGCCAAGAAGUGGGACAACCUGAAGAGGAGGUAUAAGGAGCUCAAGUUUCCAUCCCGCGGUGUGGACACCAACCCCAGUUCCUGGCCCUGGUUCUACCGAAUGAACGACGCUAUGGAAGGCCGAUUGGCCAACGCUGCACCCAUCCUCGCUCCCAUCGUAGAGGAUGGAGACGAGGAGUGUGAGCCUCUCUUGCAGAUGCCAAAAAAACGAGCCCGGCGGAGCCGGGGGGGGAUGGCUGAGUUCCUGACAGAGUCUGAGAUGGAUCUGUUGGUUGAUAAUGAGGAGAAGAACGGGUCAUCAGCUCUGGGAGAUCUGCACCGGAUCACCGAGUUCACCUACAAAUUAACAGAAGAAGACACCAGGCGACUAAUUGAGUUGCGAGCUGCUAAUGAGGCUCUGUUCACCGGCAGGAGGAACACAGCCAAACCCGCCUGGAGGGGAAUUGUGAAGGAGAUGGGUCUGACUGGGAAGAUAACACCAGACCAGGUAGCCAAGAAAUGGGACAACCUGAAGUCUAAAUUCAAGGACCUGAAGUUUCCUCCUCGGGGUAUGGAGGCUCAGACCAACCCGGCCUCCUGGCCCUGGUUCCAGCUCAUGAGCGACGCUCUGGAGGGACGGCUGGCAGGAAAAGCUCCCAGAGUGACGCCGGUGUGGACCAGCGAGGAGGACGACAUGUUCGGGUCGUCUCCGCCCCCUGACAGAGACUGUCUGAUGGGGGAGAGGAGCGGCGUGUCGGAGCUGGAGAGCAUUGUGGGCUCAGACCAUGCUGAGGCUGACGUCACCAUCACCUACAUUGACGCCAGCGGAGAGGAGUGUGCCACGCCCUCAGAGCUCUCCUAUAAAAUGAGUGAUCAGGACACCAGGAGGAUGAUCAAACUCCGAGCUUCCAACGAGGUGCUGUUCACCGGGAGGAGGAACGCUGCCAAAGCUGCGUGGAGAGCCAUCCUGAAGGAGCUCGGCCUGCAGGGAAAAGUUUCCACCUACCAGAUGGCCAAAAAGUGGGACAAUCUGAAGAGGAGGUACAAGGACCUGAAGUAUCCUCCCGUCGGGAUGGAGAAUGCAGCAGAUGGCGCCUCCUCCUGGCCGUGGUUCCAUCUGAUGAAUGAUGCCAUGGAGGGCCGUCUAGUGGGUAGCGCCCCCCUCCUCACGCCCGUUACUCAGGAUGACGAUCAGCACCCUGACCCUGCCCCCAGACACAGGCUCCGCCUUGCUCCUGCCCAGCAACCUUCUUCCUCCACGGACUUUCAGGAGCCAUGCAGCGGGUCACUAGGAGGACUGGAGCGGGAAUGGGAGGUGAUGGAGCGGGAGCGAGCGGCGUUGGAGAGGGAGCGCGAGAUGGUGGAGCAGGACCGGGCAGCUGUGGAAAGGGAGAGGGCAGCGUUGCAGGCAGAGCGGCUGUGGUUGGACCGGGAACGGACGGCUGUGGAGCAAGACCGAGCUCUGGUGGAGCAGGAGAGGGUGGCGCUGGGCCGGGAAAGGGAGGCGCUGGACCAGAGGGCCCUGAUGAUGAACUCUGUGGGACACCCAGGACACCUGAACAGCCUCAUGUAGAUAGGACAGUGUGUGGACAUGGACCGUCCUGGAGAGACAUCCUGCUGAUGGACGAGAUGAAGACCCGCUGUGGUGCUGUAGAUCUAGACUGAAGCUGCUGCGGUAAAGGCUGGUCCUGGCUCAGGUUGAGAUCCUGAUUCUGCAGAUACAACCCAGUGCUCCUUUACCUCUUUUCCACUAACGAGAUUCAUAGCUCAUGUGGUUCCCGAACCGGGUUUGGAACCGGUGUCGCGUGUUUCCACCAAUAAAAAGAGGUUCCAGGGCUUGAACUAUAGUUCAAUUCGGACACCGCAAAAUACGUGGUUUUUCUCCGUGAACCGUGAUUUCACCUGUGUGCGGGUCGAUGCUGGAGAUGAUGUCAACAAGUAUGAUGGCAUAUUAUCCUUUUCCCUAUUUCCCUAUUGGAGGCUCUCUUUUUUCAGUAAAAGGAACAUCUGUGAACACAGAAGAAACAUUAGUAGGUUAUCAAAAUCUGCUGUCUUGUUGCUACGCAAAGCACCUGCUAUUGAUGAUGCAUGCUUGGUUCCCAUAACCGGGUUUGGUCGGUUCUCAACAAAACACCAGACUGAAGGCUCCCGAACCGAAUCGGUUCAAGAACAAAAGUUCUUUCUUUGGAAAUCGCUUCCUGUGAACUACUUAACAAACCCCCUGGUUAUCCAAUGAGUUAUCAUCUCCUUGUUAAGAUUUUUCAUCUCUCUGAAGUUUGAAUCAAACUGACACAAAAAUAGAACUUUUUUUAAUAAAAUGUUUUUUUUAAACUAUUUUCUUCCUGGCGAAAACCGGCCUAACUAGAUGAACCAGGUGAAAACGACGCCCUCUUCAGGUGAACUCUGGAACUGAAUCCUCACUACGAGACAUCUGGAACAGCUGUUUGAGUCCAUCACUGCUUAAAAAAAUUGAUUUGUCUUCAGAUGUGUUUUAUUUUUAUAUUCCCGUUCUGUGUAAUUUAUCAUCUGGUAAGAAGAAGAGGGUUGCAGCAGUUUCCAUUUUAAAGUGCUUUCACAGAACCAGCGCCUCCUGCUGCUGGAACAGACAUUUUAAAAACUGUCGAAUAUUUUAUAUUCUGAUGUAAAAACUGCCUUUUUGCUUUUCUGUCCUGAUGUCUGUCUGUCAUGUUUUAUUGGAGGAUUAAAACUGUUUGAUAAAAUGA